AUGGACCAAGAUGGUUUAUCACAGCGCAACGGCGCCAAGUCCAGAAAACGGCCGCUCUCCCGCGGGUCGACUGCAUCGAUUCAUAGUGCAACAACACAACCAACCGUGGAUCACAGUGGCUUCCCUGACGCACAAGACAUGUACACCGGGCAAUGGAUGGACGCCUCCGCUCACCAGAAGGCCCUCGGCGCGCCUCCUCAGAUGACACCCGAGGAUAUGAUACUGCACGCCGCAACUCACAUGCAGGCGGCCGGGCAUGACUUCUCUGUGAACGCUGCGAUGAGUGCACACAUGGGCCACCACAACCCAUUCCAGCAGCACGACAAUAUCUCGAGGCACCCAUUGCCUGCUGAGCAGUUUGGACCCAAUGCCAGCUUCACCGAGGGAGACAGUCAAAUGCUUGAUCGAGAGGACAAUGAGGAAGGUGACCCAAUGGCAGCUCUUGUCGGUGCUCCCAAGCCCACCGGAUCCAAGUCCAGUGCCAACAACGAGCUCGAAAUGCGGCAACUCUUUGGUGCCAACCGCCAUCGCAGUCUGCAAGAUGUCGCCUCCGAGCUUCACGGAAACGAGCGCGGGCCCAAUUCCGAACGAGCACGCCAAGUGUUUGCUAUGUUAUGGAUUAACUCGGUCUGUGAAAAGGGGAAGGGCUCCGUCCCUCGCGGAAGGGUGUAUGCCAACUAUGCAUCCCGUUGUGCCACCGAAAGGAUAACAGUUUUGAAUCCUGCCAGUUUCGGCAAGCUCGUCCGCGUUCUUUUCCCAGGGCUGAAGACGAGACGUUUGGGAGUGCGUGGAGAGUCCAAGUAUCACUAUGUCAACUUCACCCUCCUGGAUGAUCAACCGGAUCUCAAGGAACCUUCGCCUCAACAACCUCGGUCUCUCCCCGAGCCCAAGAGACAAGAGAAGCGAUCUAGCACCGUACCUCCUCAGGCUGGUCCCAAUUGGCAAGGCGGUGCACUUCCCUCGCCUGAGGAUGCUACCAAUAUACUAUCAAUGACGAGUCACGCUGCACACAAGCCGUCGUUUAACCAGCACAGCAUAUAUCAUCAACCCAACUUAGAAUCCAUGGACGACCUAAAAAAUGCAUCGACGAAAACACCCCUCGGACUAUCCUUCCUGGCAGAAGAAGACGAGGCCUUUAAUCACUCCGACCCACUACCUCUCCCCCAGAUCACCCCUUACUUGCCCAAAGGAACCGAUCCCGAUGCUGCCAAAUCUCUUUCUGCUCUGUACCGAUCCCACUGUACAUCUCUUGUCGAGUGCAUUCGAUUCUGUAAAGAGAAGACGUUCUUCCACCUGUAUCAAUCGUUCCAGGGAACGCUAACUAUGCCUGUUCAAAAAUUGUUUGGCCACCCAGACCUAGCGCCAUGGAUUGAGGGAUGUGACCUCGUUUUGUAUCAACGACUGAUGAAGAUCUUAUCCAACAUCACACUUCAAGUGCUUCCGAAACAAAUUCUGGACACACUAAGGAAUAUUUCAGAACGUCUCGUUUCACACGUUCGGUUAUCUUUUCAGGGACAGCCACAACAUGUAAUACGAGCCAAGGAGGCCCCCGCUGUUGUAUUUGCAGCACUUCUAGACCGAGCUCUCAGAGUAAACUUGACAGCUCACGCAGCAGCCAACAUGCUGUCAAAUCCUGCAAACCGCGACCAAAUGUAUCUUGACUGGAUCACCAUGAUUCGAGUGCGCAAGGUUGCAGAGUGUGUUCCGACACGAGGCAUGGACGACGUCGUCCAAUUGAUUAUCGGCGAAAUGCGCAACCUGUUGGACCCAACUCAGAUUCCCAGCGACGUGGAAGCUCUCACGAUAUAUGGUGAAGUAGUAGCAAGAGACGGGAACAAACCCAGCAUGGCCAAUCCUAAUGUCGAUGGCAAUUCCGUCGAGGGAACAGAAAACGUGCUGGAUAAAUGGGUUGCCUUCUUGCGAAGUCUUCCUGACAGAUUUCCAUACGCUUCUCACUCCGAAAUCGUCUGGUGUGUAGAAAGAGUAGGGACGGCUGUGAUGAGAGACCUGACUCUGGCUCAAGGCAAGAGCUACGGGACAUGGUGGGUAACGAAGGUGUGGAUAGACGAAAUGGUCUGCUUUUUAGCAGAGCACGGCGGGUUCAUGAAGCAGGGAAUCACUUACACGGCACCAGCCCAAGAUUCCCAUCCCUCGACUGCGCAGCAGGGGAAUCGGAAAGAAGUCGGCAACAGCGAUGGCGCCGUCGGCAUGAAGAUGCCACAAGUCACUCAACCGCAGCUGGGCCGAGCCCCUUUUCCACCAGCAAAUCACGACAGUCAACCGCCCGCCAGCGAAGUGCAUGGUGUGGAUGCACAUGACGAUAGCGGCAUCGGUAUUCGGACACCCGAAGAAGACUUCACAAUGGACAAAUUCGAGUUCUCCAUGUCAGAGACGGCCGGUCUUGUUACCGGCCCUGACUUGACGGCCUGA